UCUACACGUACCGAUUUUAUCGGCCGACUUUCUCGUACGAUUUUAUCUGCGAGAGCUUGCUUGUCCACACGCAACGAUUUUGUCGUCGGUACAGGAAAUGCCUUAACCAAUCACUGUCCGAGGAAGAAUUCCCGCCCUAUGUAGCGUCACACUAUCAACAACUGUGAAAACAAAACUGUGCGGGAGUGAAUUUAGGCGACAAUAAUAAAAAUGGAUGAAGAUUUCCCGUUAAUUGCUACUGUAGCAACAUCUGCGAUUUUGAUCCUCGCUGCUGCUGCAGAAGAAGAAAAAAGAAAGCGUAUUUGAACGAGAAAUUGGGUGAAACGCAGAGAAAUUCAUGGAGCCCAUAAUACCCUGUUCCAAGAGCUGCGUUUUGAAGACAGGGUGGAAUUUGGAAAGUAUUUGCGAAUGAUGCCGUGCGAUUUUGAUUAUUUAUUAAACUUAGUGAGCAGCAAAAUUAAAAAACAGGAUACGAUUAUGCGUUGUGCAAUUUCACCAUCUGAGAGGCUGCAUGUUACUUUACGCUUUCUAGCUGGUGGGUGUUCCUAUUCAAAUUUACAGUAUUUGUUUAGAAUACCUAAACAAACAUUGUCAAGAGUGAUACCAGAAGUAUUGGAUGCUUUAUGGGAAUGCAUGCAAGAUUACAUAAAGACACCAAACACUGCUCAGGAGUGGCAAGCCAUAGAAGAAGCUUUUGCUGAAAAGUGGAACCUGCCACACUGUGUUGGUGCCAUCGAUGGAAAACACGUUAUGAUAAAAGCACCAGCAGGGGGUGGCAGCACUUUUUACAAUUAUAAAAGUUUCAACAGCAUUGUGCUGAUGGCAUCAGUUGAUGCAGAUUAUAAAUUUACAUUUAUUGAUGUUGGAUGUAAUGGACGAAUAUCAGACGGAGGAGUUUUUGCCCAAACAAGUUUAUUUUCGAUGCUAGACAAUAACUUG